CGGUUAAUAUCAUUCUCAAAAUAAAUGUUCAAGAAGAAAGCCAGUUGUCAUGUUUUGGAAAUUUUUAUUUGUGUUUGGAGUAUUUGUGGAAGUUAACGGGGUACCAACACCUGUGAAAGACACACCCUUCAUCAUAGGGGGAGUAACAGCCCCAGAAGCAUACGCUCCCCAUAUGGCAGCAUUGGUCUUCGGAGAACGAGUCAAGCAAAUUAUGUGUGGAGGGUCUAUCAUCGGUUUGAGAUUGGUUCUGACCGCUGCCCACUGCAUCGAGCCGUUAUUAGUGGGCACUGAGUUGAUUCCGUCUUUCCGCAUCUUAGUGGGUUCCAACAAAUGGAACUCAGGAGGAACCGUCGCAAAAGUCAAGGACUAUAUAAUACAUCCUAAAUGGGACUCUAAGAACAUCAAGAAUGAUAUUGGGGUAGUAAUUGUUAAGAAGAAGUUCGAAUUAAAUGAUCGUGUUGCCAUUAUUUCUUUGGAUUUUGGACUUGUUGGCGGAAACGAAAAGGCUUCCGUUACUGGUUGGGGUGCAACUGGGCCGAAUGAAGUUGAUAAUGUUGUUAAUUUAGCACCGACUCCAGACGACCUUCAACUCUUGUACGUGAAUACCCUUAGUCACAGGCAGUGCCAGGAGCAGAUGAAGUCAGUAGCAGGAGAUAUCGCCCUACCGAUAGACAGGGAUGUCGAGAUAUGCACAUUUCACUCCUACAAGCAUGGCUUGUGUAUAGGAGAUUCCGGUAGUGCUCUAGUGAUAGUAAGUACCGGGAAACAAGUAGGCAUCGUGUCCUGGGGUUACAACUGUGCUGAUGGUGCACCAGAUGUCUACGUCAGGAUUAGCGGGUUCAAACACUUUUUGUGCCCAAUUAUGUCGAAAUAUGAAGACUGAAAAAUUGUACUCUGCGAUAUACUGAUCUAAGUUGUAAGGAUUUUGUUAUUUUCUGUUUAAACUCUAGUGAAGUUGAAAGAUCUGUUUAGUGUUAAUGUCAAAUAAUUGUGCGCAAUUCGGGACAUUCGGCGGACGUGUAGCUUACGGGUGGAGGAAGAGUCUGUCAGCCUACUGAUGGCUUAUGAGAGAAAG